GUCCUUCAAAAUGUUGUAAAAGUUGAAUACAUCUCUGAUGAAAAAAGAGAGCUUUACAUAAUUACAUGAAGGAUCACAGCUAAACUUUAUUCUCUUUAACAUGAUCUUUAGUAAAAAUGCAAGAAAGGAGACUUAUGUUCAACUUUAUUCUUAUUCCAUCCAACCAAGAGAGUCUCUCAAAUCUUAAAGCUUACAAUUCUAAUUGCCUAUAAAUACAAGAACAUGUUAUUACUUCAGCAAUAAUCACCGCUGCUUCUUUGUUUGCUGGUAAGAACUUGUUUCAUACACAAUGGCAAGGAAUGUGGGGUUCUUUAUCUGCAUCUUGAUCCUAGCCAUGGAUGUUUCAGCUGGAAUUCUCGGUAUUGAAGCCGAAAUAGCUCAGAACAAGGUGAAGCAUUUGAAGAUGUGGAUUUUCGAGUGUAGAGACCCGAGUUACACAGCCUUCAAGUAUGGUUUAGCUGCAUGCAUCCUUUUGGCGGUAGCCCAUGUAACGGCUAACUUGCUCGGUGGGUGUCUCUGUGUUGUCUCAAGACAAGACCUUGAAAAGUCCUCCGCCAAUAAACAGCUCGCCGUGGCUUCUCUGAUAUUCUCCUGGAUCAUAUUGGCAAUUGCUUUCUCGAUGUUGAUCAUAGGGACAAUGGCAAACUCAAGAUCGAGAAAAAAUUGUGGGAUAUCGCACCAUCGGGUUCUAUCCAUAGGAGGGAUCCUCUGCUUCAUUCACGGCCUUUUCGCUGUUGCUUAUUACAUCUCUGCAACUGCUUCAACACGAGAACAGACAAGCGCAAUCCAUGCUUGAAAAAUUUUCUACCCGCCUUUUUUCUUUCUUUAAAUUUAACCUAAUGUUUAAAUUUGACUAAAAGAUAUAUACCUGGUUUACUA